GCUCAAUCGAACCGUCCCCUGCCAGGUUCACGCGAGCUUCACACACCCAAUGUGAGCCUCGCCAGUCGACAUGAUAUUGAGGAAUUCGGCUCUGCGGUACUGCCGACGGGCUUUUGCCGCGCCAGCAAGGCGGCCAUCAUCAUUAUGUCUCCUGCAGCAAGCAGCUGCCUUCUCGACGGGCGACAAGAGGCCGCCGCUGCGCACCACCUUUGCUGAUCCGCCUCCGCCUCCUGCCCCCGAGGACUCCCACCGCCAUGACCCAGCAGCAGCGGCAGCACCAGCAGCACCAGCAGCAGCUGCCCCCGCCCCAUCGCAGCCCGCGCCGAAGAAGCCCGCCCCGAAGAAGAAGAAGCCCGCGCGCAAGGCCCGGCGAGCCCGAGACGACGACGACGACGACUUCGACGACGACUUCGAGAACGACCGGGAGGAGCGAGAGGCGCUCCUCAAGAAGAAGGCCACGGUGCCGGUCGACGAGUCCAUAGCCCGCAACUUCCACAAGUUCACCAAGAUGCAGUCGGCCAUCGGCGGCGUGGGGUCCACGGUGGACAAGCGGUUCGACCCGUCCUCGCUGCUGCGCGACCCCCCAAAGCCCGAGGACGUGACCCUCGAGCUGCUGAUGGCGUCGCAGACGCACAUGGGCCACCACACGUCGCUGUGGAACCCGGCGAACCAGCGGUACAUCUACGGCGCGCGGGCGGGGAUCCACAUCAUCUCCCUCGAAGAGACGGCGGCGGCGCUGCGGCGCGCCGCCCGCGUCGUCGAGGAGGUCGCGUACCUGGGCGGGCUGAUGCUGUUCGUGGGCAACGGCAAGGGCCAGGCCGAGGUGACGGCGCGGUCGGCCGAGCUGGCGGGCGCGUGCCACCUGUUCUCGCGCUGGGUCCCCGGCACCAUCACGAACCGCGACCAGAUCCUGGGGAAGGGGCCCGGCGGCGGCGGCAACGGGCUGCGCGUCGCGGACGAGCGGGACCGCACGCUGCCCGGGUUCGAGGGCCACCUCGGCGAGCGGCGGCCGCUGCUGCCCGAGCUGGUUGUCGUGCUGAACCCGCUUGCCAACUACCCCAUGCUGCAGGAGUGCGCGCAGGAGAACAUCCCCACCAUCGGGCUGAUCGAUACGGAUGCCGACCCGACGCAGGUCACGUAUGUCAUUCCGGGCAAUGAUGACAGUCUCCGUUCCGUAAGCCUCAUCGCCGGCGUGCUGGGGCGGGCGGGCGAGCGCGGCCAGGCGCGCCGCAAGGCGGACGCCGAGAAGGGCAUCUGCACGUGGAGGAACGCGGAUGACAUCCAGAAGUGGAUGUUUGACGAGCACCACAGGGCGGUCCAGGCGAGGGAGGAGGCCAUGGAAGAGGCGCGGAAGGCGCGCGAGGCGGGAUUGGGAUUGGGAUUGGGAGGGGAGGACGGGGACGGCCGCUUGAUCAUUUGAAGAGGUGGUGGUGAGCGGGGGGGUGUGGGGAAUAAAGAUUAGGGUGUGUUUAGAUAGAUACAUUAUUGUGUCUUCAUUGUUGAAAAGGAAAAGAAGGGAGAAGAAUAAAGUGUACAAUUCCUGUGUGAUGCUCCCUUCUGUAAAACCUUGUGCUGUGGCAGCGUUCUGCCCUGGUGCCAUAUCAUUGUCCGUGUGUCCAGCAGUUUGCCCCCCUUCGGGCAUGAGGAUGAAGGUGAGGAUGGGAAGGAAUGUAGACUGUGUAAAAAGGAC